UUCUGAUGAUUGCUUAGGUUGUUCAUUGCUAAUCAAGAGGAUGUUAUGAAAUGUGAGUCAGACAGCCUCUAGCUUUCUGGAAGUGCAAGGGCUCUAUAUAUAAGGAGGGAGCUUCCUACUUGAGGUAUUGGAGCUGCAGGAGGUAGGGAGGCAUCAGAUUCCUUUCGCCAAGAAGGAAGACAGAAGCCAGCAUGCCCAGCCUUCCUCUGCUGCUGCUGCUACUCUGGGGCGUGGGGUCUCAUGGCUUCCCAACAGUGCCUUCAGAAACAGAAGAGCAAGAUGCAGAGAUUGUCCAGAAAUACCUGGAAAACUACUACAACCUGAAGAGUGAUGGCAAGCAAAUUGAAAAGAAGAGACACGGUAGCAACCCAGUGGUGGAAAAACUGAAGCAAAUGCAGGAAUUCUUUGGGCUGAAAGUAUCUGGGAAGCCAGAUGCUGAAACCCUGAAGGUGAUGAAGCAGCCCAGAUGUGGGGUGCCCGACGUAGCUCAGUUUGCCAUCACUGAAGGGAACCCUCGAUGGAAGAACACACACCUGACCUACAGGAUUGAAAAUUACACACCAGAUUUACCAAGAGCAGAUGUGGACCAGGCCAUCGAAAAAGCCUUUCAACUCUGGAGUAAUGUCUCGCCCCUGACCUUCAGCAAGGUCUUCGAGGGUCAAGCGGACAUAAUGAUAUCCUUUGUCAGGGGAGAUCACCAUGACAAUUCUCCCUUUGAUGGACCUGGAGGAAACCUUGCUCAUGCUUUUCAACCAGGCCCAGGUAUUGGAGGGGAUGCUCAUUUUGAUGACGAUGAAACGUGGACCAGCAAUUUCAGAAAUUACAACCUGUAUCGCGUUGCGGCUCAUGAAUUGGGCCAUUCCCUUGGACUUGCUCAUUCUACUGAUAUUGGGGCUUUGAUGUACCCCAGCUACACCUUCAGUGGUGAUGUUCAGCUAGCUCAGGAUGACAUCAACGGCAUCCAGGCCAUAUACGGACCUUCCCAAAAUCCCAUCCAGCCAACUGGCCCACAGACCCCACAGGUGUGUGAUAAUAAGCUGACCUUUGAUGCUAUAACUACGAUUCGGGGAGAAGUGAUGUUCUUUAAAGACAGGUUCUACAUGCGCACAAAUCCUUUCUACCCAGAAGUUGAGCUCAAUUUCAUUUCUCUUUUCUGGCCACAACUGCCAAAUGGACUCCAAGCUGCUUAUGAGGUUGCUGAUAGAGAUGAAGUCCGGUUUUUUAAAGGUAAUAAGUACUGGGUUGUUAAGGGUCAAGCCAUGCUCUACGGAUACCCCAAGGACAUCCACAGAUCCUUUGGCUUCCCUAGAACUGUGAAGAAUAUUGAUGCUGCUGUUUCUGAGGAAGAUACUCGGAAAACAUACUUCUUUGUUGCUAACGAGUGCUGGAGGUAUGAUGAAUAUAAACGAUCCAUGGAUGCAGGUUAUCCCAAAAUGAUAGCAGAUGAAUUUCCUGGAAUUGGUGACAAAGUUGAUGCUGUUUUCCAGAAAGAUGGAUUUUUUUAUUUCUUUCACGGAACGAGGCAAUACAAAUUUGAUCCUAAAACUAAGAGAAUUUUGACUCUCCAGAAAGCUAAUAGCUGGUUCAACUGCAGAAAAAAUUGAUCAACUGUUACAAAGUUGAACAGAAAAAUAUAUUUUGAGAACCCAAGGAAGGUGUUUUCCUGAAGAGCCAUAUAUUUAAAUACAAUACAGAGCUAUUAAAUAUAAUCUUUUUUAUAUCUCAUUCUGAAAAUAUUUUUUAUGAUUUAGAAUGUAAUAUUUUAUAUACUGCUAUAAUUUAGUUACACCAAUGAAGGCUAAAGAAGGUCAAAUUCAUAGAUUAUGGAUUCAGUUUUGCAAUAAGAAAAGCUCUUUUCCAAAGUAUAACAUUCUGAUAUUGAUACCGGAGAGCAGCCUCAGCGAUGAACACCUCUCAAGACAGCAAGAGACAAGAGAUAUGAGUCUUCACCAGAGGAAAAGCAGUUCAAGAAUAUAUAAGCAGCCACUAAUAUCAUCCUUAUAUGCAAGGGACAACUUUUGUUACAGAAAAUAAAAUGUUUUAUAUUUGGAAUAAAGUCAUCCUUGUCUUUACU